GAGAGACAGACAGACGAAGUGAGAAAGAGGAAAUGAAAGAGGGCGACAACAAAUAAUGAUAAAAAAAGAAAAGAAAAAAAAUCAAGACCUUGAAUCCGGCUGAAUCCCGGAUUACCCUAAAGAAAACGGGGCUGUUUGUUUACCCUUCGAUCAGCUGAGCGGCGGCGGCGGCCGGACUACCUCGACGGGAAGGAGCAAUUUCUCGCAUGGAACCCUAAUUUCAGGCUUUAUUCUGGGGGGAUCCCGAUCUCGGAGAAGCUAUGCCAAGUAUGUACGGUCCCAGCCGAUCAAAUUAUGGAGGGUAUGGCGGUUACUGGGGUGGAUAUGGCCGACCUCCACAUCCACCUCCCCCGCCCCCUGUCCCAUCUCACCAGCCACCACCACCAUUCCAUCCACCUCCUCCACCAUUUCACUUUCGUCCAGUUAGGCCGCCUCCGCACACUCUACGUCCCCCUCCACCUCCGCCUCCAAUAAGGCUACCGCGACCCCAGCAGCAGCAACAGCCACCUUACCCACAGCCUCCCAUACAAUCACAACAAACAUGCCAGCAGCUCUACAUGCCUCAGCAGCAGGAGAGGAAGAGCCCCACCCUCAAUUCAAGCCGUCCCCAGUCCGCUCAAGCUCCAUCAAAUCAACAAAAUUACAGAUCGAGGCAGAGCAAUGGUAGCACCUUACACAGAAGAUCCAGUGACACUCCACCAUACCAGAGCAUGGAUGAUGAUGAAGUUAUCCCCAUUGGCUUCGGGUCUCCGUUAGUGCCAAGAACAAAGGAGAAGGAAAUGGAGCCACUAAGCCCAAAGCCACUUGUACCAAAUAAUAAAAGGCCAUUACCGGUUGAACUCGAUCCAAACUUACCUGAAGAGUUAGUUUCAAAGUUCCAUAACAAUUCCUGUGAGUUAUGUGAAGUUAGGUUGAAUUCCAGAGUUCAAGCGAAAAACCAUUACGAAGGCAAGCAGCACAAGAAGAAAGUGAAAAACUAUAUUGAUAUGUUAGCAAAAGAAGGUCAGCCUCCAGCCAAAGUACCAAAGUUAGACUUGUCGACUCCAAAAAAGAAAUCAGAACCUCUGGAUGUUAGUCAGCUUUACUGUAAAUGCUGUGACCUAAGCUUUACGUCGGAGCAGCAUGCACAGCAGCAUUAUAUGGGACGCAAUCACCAGAGGGUGUUACAUGGGCUCAAACCUUUGAAAGCUGGCUACUACAACAAGGAAACGGGGAAAUGGCAAAGGAUGCCGCCAGACCCACGCGUGUCUGUGGAGAGAAUUGACCUGAAUCUGGAGCCAACCUCGGAUGAUGGGACAGGCUCAAACUCGGACAAGCAGCUUGAUCCAGACGGGGUGAAAGAGAGAGGAAGGUUCUACUGCGAGAUGUGCAGUGUCUCUGCAACGUCCCAGGAGCAGCUGGAUGGCCACCUGGUGGGUCAGCGCCACAUGAAAGCCGUACGAGCCACCGCAAAGAAGGCCAGCACGGCAGUUCCAGACAGCAUUCUCGCAAGUGUGAUAAAAGCUGAUGAGGUGAAGAAGCCCAAGUCAAAGGAUUUCUCCAUCUACAGGACACCCUCAGGUAAGUAUUACUGUGCUCCCUGCGACCUCACGCUAAACUCGGAGAGUCAGUUUGCUCAACAUGUAGAGUCCAAGAAACACAAGACGCGGAGAGUCAAGUAAAGAGAAGUCACCAGGGUAACCCGAGGAGUAAUGUUCAAGGACAGGAUAUACAUAAUGUACAUUGUUUCACACAGCUGUUUGUUUUGUAGUUUUUUAUAUUGGAUGUUAGAAAGGUCUGAAGGUUCAGAUUCCCAAAAUUGUGUAGAUGUCUCUUUAGAAUUGUGGCUCAGUUGAUUUUAAACCCCCAAUGCUAGUAACAUUUUAUGAGGAAUUGUACACUUGAGAAUUGGGAAAGAAUGAAUAAUGAUGUUUUGUAAUCAGGAUGUAACAAAAAUGAGUAAGAGAACUGAUAUGGAUUAGAGAUAUAAAAUGAAGGAAUUAGUUUGUUAUUCAGAAGGAACUGUGGUGAAAAAGUUUAAAAAUGCUAGCUGUCAAAAAGGGACACAGACUUCUGUAGAUCGGUGAUAAGGAAAAAUAUUGCUCAGAGGAAAGCUUAAAGGUUCUCAUCGGACUGCCCCAAGUGCUAAGAGAGAAAUGCUUUUGGACUUGGUUCUUUGGGUGCUCUUGAGACGUGUCCCUCAUGCUGUGCUAUUGACUGUGACCCCAGAGUAUGGGGAAGGAGUCACUGUGAACCAUCUGUGAUAUAAAAGGGAAAAUUUAGAACUCUUGAAAGGUUCUAUAACACAAGUUCUUAGGUUCUGAAAUAGUCACACUAGUUAACUAAAAGGUUGCUGCAUACUUGGAUCUAGAAUGAUCAACAUGUAUUUCAUUUUAUUGUGAUCUGUACUUUUUUCCCCCCUUCUACAUUUUUUUCUUAUUUUUUUUUAGUUCCUUGAGAAUAGCUUCUGUUUAUCAGGUAUUUUGGUCCCAAGAUUCAGAGUAAUGGCAUUUUGACAAUAGUUAUUUCACAUCAUAACCUCAAAGCAAAGAAAAAAAAAGAUACCGGUUAACUCAUGACAAUAAUGAAUAACUUUUAAGAGAACUCCUGCAGUAGACACCUGAUUUACUGUAUCAUUUGUAUUUAGGCAAGAAAUUUCCAGAAUCUAGACAGCAUAACACAUGGCGCCUUACCCUAUAUGCUCAUUGUUUUGUGAUAAAUGUGUACUAUUACUUAUUACAUUACCAAAGUGAUCUGAAGUUUGUGUUCGCUCUCUCAUGCUAUAUAUAUGAGUUUACAGAAAAGGGAAGAGGUUGCAUGUGUGGAAUCCAUAUUGUAAUAUGCACUGCUGUUUUCAGUGCACUGUAGAAGAUCUUUUGAUUGCAGUUGCAGAUUGCAGUAUUUGUGAGGCAAUAACUGAGGAAGUGUAGUUAUGUUGUUUCAGCUAGGAAGAAUGUGUUUCUUGUAUGGUACAAAACUGCCUUUCCUCUUGGCAUUGCCUGUGUGUUCCCCAUUUUAAAAUUUUUACUUAUUUAUUCAUCACACUUUUACGGUGUUUGCUGUUGCAUAGAGAACAAGUGCAGAAUUGAUAUUUUAAAUUUUCAGUGCAGAGGGAGAAAAGCUUUUAUGAACAGAACUGUAGGUGUUUGGAGUUGGCAUUAAAGGGAUUAAGGCCCUGUUGCUGGUCCCCUUAUAUGCAAGGAUUAUUUUAAGUGCUUGGUGCUGAGAGCGGGAAAUAUUCUUGCUCUCUCUUGGCAUAGGCUUUGUGCCCGUAGACGUCAGGUCUUCUUGUGUCUUUCUUUUGCCUGUCAUCCGUACUCUUUUCAUUCUGUGCUCUUUCUUCCUGA